AUGACACCGGUGUUCUCGGACAAGCAGUAUGACUAUGACUUACCGAGCGAUUGUAUUCUGCCUUUCACCAAGGAUUACGAUGCCUCAAAAACCGGGGCUUUCGCAUCGGUUUCAAAGAUUCGAAUCCAUCCAGAAAACCAAGAAGGUUUGGAAACACAGCAUAGUCCCAAUGCGGUGGCAAUCAGUCAGGCGAUCGAACAACUGAGAGGCCUCGCCGAUGGUCUGGAUCACCUUCACAAUCCCAGAAUAGCUGAAAAGGACCUGGAGGUGCCUCGAAAUUCUCCCGAUGUAGAUCGCGUUGACAGCAUCAGACACGGUGAUCUUAAACCACAGAAUAUCCUCCGGUUCUUGGACAAAAGAAGUAUGGGACACGCACGAACACGAUCAGAGCUCGGGGUCCUGAAAAUAGCUGAUAUGGGUCUUGCGAAGCGGCAUACCAUCGUGACAGAACUCCGAGAUCAGGACACAAGUCAAAGAUAUGGCACAAUUCGAUAUGAAGCACCCGAAGUUCUAUCUAAACGAGGUCGGUCACGGCUGUAUGAUGUAUGGUCCAUGGGUUGUCUCACUUUGGAGUAUAUCAUAUGGCUCCUUCAUGGUCACGACACUCUCGAGAAGUUUCGCUUUCAAAUCAUAGGAGAUACGCAGUAUUCUUCGACACAGUUCUUCCAGAUCUCUGGGGCAGGGGAAGCGCCACAAAUUCACCCAGUUGUGGCUGCUUGGAUCGAUCAUAUACUACGUUUCGACCCAGAAUGUUCACAGGAUAGUGCUAUCAAAGAUCUCCUGGAGAUAGUUCGCAAAAAGUUGUUGGUCGUCACUUUGAAACCAAACAGAAUGGGUGACAGGGAUAGCUCAAUGUUUCUUCGACCAAAGCGCGAUGGCGACGAGAAUCCACUGUAUCGCGCUACCGCGGCCGAAUUUCGAGGAUCUCUGGAUAAGAUUCUCAACAAAAUAUUAAUAAAGGGAACGAAGUACUUACAAAUAUGGGAGCAUCUAGUAUACAACGUAUUCGCCGAAGAGUUCAUCGAAAAAAUCGGCGCUUCGGCCCUUGCACCCCCAGAAGGUCCUCGCGCAAGGCUUUGUCAGCGCUGCACGGACUUGGACUUUUGGAUAGGAGGCUUCAGUUUCGAGGACUCGUGGACGUCUCUAGCGGAGCUAGCACAACGGUGUAAUUUAUGUGCGCUAAUUCUUCGUGUUCAGGACGGUCGGGAACAUAUUACAAUCGAACGGCAUCAAUCGACUUUGGAGUUGGCAGGAUCUGAGCUCCCCAUUCUCUCCAUAUUCAGAAGUCCAAGUAACAUCGACAAUUCCACGCCGAUUCAAAUGGGCUCUCCUACGCUUCCCAACCCAGAAACGGAUGGAUUCUUUGACCUCCUUAAAUUUUUGCUGGACAACUGUGAUCUUAAGCAUGAAGACUGCGGUCGUAAAUUAUCGCUACAGUCAUCGUUGGAUCUACCUACAAGGUUGAUUGACGUCGGGACACUGAAGACCCCUCAACUACGUCUUGUCAAGAGAAGAGACGGUGCUUACACAUCUGCUAGAUACGUCUUUCUCUCACACAUAUGGGGCGACACUUCGCAGAUUGUACCUUUUGUCACUCUUCGUCAAGAUCCGACCUCGGGCCGCGACAUCGAUCACUUCAAAAAAGUUAUCCCAUAUGAUCUGCUGCCCCGCAAUUUCCAAGAUGCGGUCAGGUGUACGCGAGCUCUGGGGAUUCGCUAUCUCUGGAUUGACGCGGAUACCUUUGGCGGUGCAUACUGCGCGCUAGCAGCGACGCGUGCUACAGGUCAGAACGAUGGCUUCCUUGGUUUCAGAUUACAGAGUGCAUUUGUCACAAUUCAGCGCAAGGGAGAAGAUCCUUUUUACAUCAGUGAGUGGAUUGACGACUUCCAGAGACAUGUCAUCGAGGGCAGUCUCCAUCGACGCGGUUGGGUCCUUCAAGAACGCGCGCUCGCGCGUCGAACAAUUCACUUUACAGAACGUCAGACCUACUUCGAAUGCGGGAACGGCGUCCGAUGCGAAACACUAGCCAGCCUGCACAACACCAUGACGGACUUUCUUCGAGACCCGAACUUCCCAGAGAAGAUAAUGCGACACUCGCGCGCUGCGCAAAUCGAAUCCUUCCAGAGCCUCUACAGCCUGUACUCCCGUCUCUCAUUUGUAAGAUGGGAGGAUCGACCGGCCGGCAUCGCAGGACUUGAAAAGCGGAUUCUACGAGCCCUCGGCACCAAGGGGGGUUUCGGCAUUUUUGACGAUGGCGACAAAUCCCAGCGCGAAUCAUUCCACCGAAGCGUACUGUGGUACCGUGGCGCAGAGGAGGAGUUCAGAGAUGGCCUCAAAACCAUCGACUUCCCGGCCGAUAGACACAUUCGUGUGCCGAGCUGGUCGUGGAUGGCCUAUAGCGGGGGGGUUGACUACGUCGACGUUCCCGGAGAUACCGUAGACUGGGAGUUCGACAAUAUAGCAGGGCCCUGGACCCGAGACUCUAUUACUACCUCGAAUCCAGCUCUUCAAAAUAGUGCUAUGGCAAUACCAGCCAUUGUACGCGACUUCAACGUGGGUAAACAACUCAGAGGUGAAGUUGACCUCAGGUACGAUAUGGCAAGGACAGCUGAAGCCGAUGGACAUCGUCCGCAAUGUGUGAUUGUGGCAAAGGACAAGCGUGAAAGAUCAGAAAUGAAGAAACGCUAUUACAUGCUGCUUGUGGUACCAAAACGAUCGAUGGCUGGUCGUGAUAGGAACUUCUACGGGCGUAUCGGUGCGGGCUACAUGAUGGGCAAAUACAUCAACCUGGACUCAGGCACCAAGGUUGAGAUACAGUAG